AAGAGCAAGGAUACUUCAUCACAACUCUGUUUGUCUCAGAGAUGUUGCUGUUGUGGAGCCUCAUUUCAACUCUCUUGCUGAUCCUGUCCCCAGAAUUCCUGUGGGGUUUGACAGUCAGUCCACUCCCCUCUCAGUCGCCCAUCACACACAUACGGAUUGUCUAUGUACCGGGGAUAGACUAUGACUACGACAGCGACACCCCUAAACCACCCCAAACCACAAGAUCCCCUGCCACCACCACAACCUCUAAGCCUUGUGACUAUGACCCCUGCGUGUUCCAUGAGGUCUCAUGUUUUGAUCUCUCUGUCCAGACUGGGUGCCUCUGUCGUGGGAUCAGCGGUCCAGACAAACGUCCUGAACCUCCACGGCUUUGGAAAGUGAGCCAGGGCUCAUCAGGGGAGGCGGUGGUCCACUGGUGUGCUCCGUCGUCCACUGUGACGCAGUAUAAGGUGAUUCUAGAGGGACACGAGGGACAGAUGCAGGUUUUUGGGGAGGCCUCUCGUAACGGGACGGUAGAGCGACUACAGGCCGGGACGAAGGUGUGCGUGCUCGCUGUUAACAAGGCAGGGGAAAGCAAACAGUCAGAGGAGUCAUGCGCUCGCUAUGAACCGCGCACACCUGACAAGGCCGGCCUGAGAGCAGGGGUGAUAGCCGGCGGGGUUGGCUUCCUCCUGCUACUCUCAUUGGCUGCCCUGUUACUAUGGCGACGACAGUCAUGCAAAAAAGAAAGGAACGAUGCUGAUGCAGAAGGGCUGGGGAACCCCUCCUACAGUACGGACGGCACUCUGUGA